UUCUAGUUCUUUUUUCAGUUCAGUCAGUCUCUAAACCAGUGCCUGAUUUCGAACCAUGUUUCAGAAAAUAAUUUAAACGGUGGACGCAACCACAGUUGGCCUGCGAUCGCUUUGGACUAUAAACAGUUUAAAACAGAGUAUCCAGGCAAUCCAGAAGAAGAGAAAGAGUAAGAGACAGGAAGUCCUGACGCAUUGCUGCUAGAUAGCCUGUGUUUAUCGUGGCAUCAUGAAAUCUUGCAUCCCUGCUAAAGAAAAGGAGGAAGAGGAAAUGAACCAAGAGGUUCCCCCCAACUUUAUUCCCUCCCGUCAGCCGUCGUCUAUCCUCCCGAACUCCUCCCAGCCUCUGUCAACGAGACAAGGGGAAUCAUCAACCAUAUCUUGGCAGCCCACGUCUGCUCCGCGCCGAGUAUCCCCACCACCACCGAAUCCACCAUUGCCCAGUUCUAAGUUGAGUGAACAGCACAACUGGCAGGCUUCUGUGGGGUCCUGCAGGGAGCGUAAUUCCGUGAUGUAUAACAACAGUCUCAUGGCUGAUGUCUACUUUACAGUGGGAACUGGGCCCGGCCAAAAACGUAUACCUGCUCAUAAGUACAUUCUUGCUAGUGGCAGCUCCGUGUUCUAUGCCAUGCUCUAUGGAGGCCUUGCUCAAGAGGUGAAAGUCAUGGAGAUUGCAAUUCCGGAUGUUGAGCCUGCUGCAUUUCUCAAUUUGCUCAGGUACCUUUACUGUGACGAGAUCUGGGUUGAAGCGGACACAGUCCUGGCCACCCUGUACACUGCCAAGAAGUACAUUGUGCCACGUUUAGCCUCCGCCUGUGUCCGAUAUCUUGAGACGAGCCUGAGUGCCAGAAAUGCCUGCGUCCUUCUCAGCCAAGGCAGGCUGUUUGAGGAGGUGGAGCUGAUGCAGCGAUGCUGGGAGGUCAUUGAUGCUCAGGCUGAGGAAUGUUUGAGGUCUGAGGGUUUCACUGACAUUGAUCGCCGGACACUUGAAACCAUUCUGAGUCGUGAGACACUGAACACACGAGAGUUAUGUGUCUUCUGGGCGGUGUGCCGCUGGGCCAAGGCGGAGUGUGCAAGACAGGAGCAGCAGCCUACAGCAGAGAACCAGAGGGCAGCACUGGGCAGUUGUCUACACCUUGUUCGAUUUCCAGCAAUGACACUGGAAGAGUUUGCUAAUGGCCCUGCCCAGUCAGAAGUGCUCACUCUUCAGGAGUGCCACGACCUGUUCCUUUACUUCACCGCCCGACAGUGGCCCAAACUGCCAUUCUGCAAAGUCUCCCGGAAGGGUCUGUCCCAGUUUCGGGUUCACCGAUUUCAGUCGUCUGCGUACCGCAGCAACCAGUGGCGCUACAGGGGGCGCUGUGACAGCAUCCAGUUCUCGGUUGAUCGGAGGAUUUUUGUGGCAGGUUUUGGCUUGUACGGCUCCAGCAAUGCUGCAUCUGAGUACAAGGCAAAGAUUGAGUUGAAGCGAAACGGUACUGUGGAGGGACAGACCGUGACCAAGUUCCGUUCCGAUGGCUCCAGCAACACCUUUCCUGUGUUGUUCGAGAGUCCUGUGCAAGUUGAGGCAGACACUUUCUACACUGCCAGUGUGGUGUUAGAUGGACCUGAACUCAGUUUCUUUGGCCAGGAGGGUGUUGCAGAGUUACAGUGUGGCAAGGUCACGUUUCAAUUCCAGUGUUCAUCAGAGAGCACAAAUGGCACAGGGGUGCAGGGAGGUCAGAUACCAGAGCUCAUAUUUUACGCUUGAAUGAUUGAGGCUCUCUAGUAUUA